AUGAGGAACUAUAUGGCCGCCGGCUGGUUCUACUCGCCCAGCCAAAUCAUCCAGUACUUUGCCACGCGCGUGUCCAGUCUCAAACCGCCCAGGAACAAGCUGAGAAACCCCUAUGCUAUUCUGCGGGAAUUGACAACCCACCAAUGGCUCAUGUUCGCGGCGGGCUUCCUGGGAUGGACAUGGGAUUCGUUUGACUUCUUCACCGUAUCCAUGACCAUCACUGAGAUAUCUGAGGCAUUCGAUGUCUCGUACUCAGAUGUUUCCUGGGGUAUGACGGUGACCCUGAUGCUUCGAUCGGUCGGGGCCAUCGUCUUCGGCAUUUUGGCAGACCGAUACGGCCGGAAAUGGCCGAUGAUCAUCAAUCUAUUCCUGUUUAUCGUUCUGGAGCUGUGCUCUGGCUUCUGUCAGAACUUGCCCCAGUUCCUGGGCGUCCGGUCUCUGUACGGGAUUGCCAUGGGAGGUCUGUUCGGUCCAGCGGCCGCCACGACCUUGGAGGAUCUGCCCUACGAGGCACGAGGUCUGCUCUCGGGGCUUUUUGAGAUGGGUUAUGCAAUAGGCUAUCUUCUCGCCGCCGCUUUUUAUCGCGCCCUCGUGCCGAUAACUACCCAUGGCUGGCGCUGUCUGUUCUGGUUUGGGGCAGGUCCUCCGGUGUUGAUUAUUUGGUUCCGCUGGUGUCUACCUGAGACGAACCAUUUCCAGGUCAUGAAGGCAGAGCGCGAGGCGCGCGCGGAUGCUGCACAGGCCGAACACGGCCACGCCAUGGGGUUCCGCGUCUUCAUGCGCGACGCCAGACGGGCUCUCUGUGACAAAUGGGUGCUCUUCGUCUACCUGGUUGUGCUGAUGACGGGCUUCAACUCGUGCUCGCACGGUAGCCAGGACUUUUAUCCCACAUUCCUGAAAGACCAGGUUGGUAUGGAUGCCACCAAGACGACAGUCAUCACAGUCGUAGGCCAGAUCGGCGCGCUGUUGGGCGGCUGCACGAUCGGCUACAUCAGCACGUUUUUUGGUCGACGCCUAACCAUGCUGGUGUCAUGCAUCAUGGGUGGCGCCAUCAUCCCAGCGUAUGUUCUGCCGCGGGCUAUGUCGCUGGUAGCCAGUGCCUUCUUCGAGCAGUUCUUUGUCGGCGGUGUCUGGGGCCCCAUGCCAAUCCAUUUGCUCGAGCUUUCACCCAUUGCACUGCGCUCGCUGAUGGUCGGACUGACAUAUCAGCUGGGGAAUCUGGCCUCGUCCGCCUCUGCCACCAUUCAAUCCGUCAUCGGUGAGCGAUACCCGCUCCCUGCCGGGCCCAGUGGGAAGAAGCGGUUCAACUACGGCAAGGUCAUUGCCAUCUUCAUGGGCGCUGUCUGGGCCUUCAUCCUGUUCUUUCUUUUCUGGGGCCCGGAGAUGUCGCAGGAGGAGCGCGACGAGGAGGCUGAGGCCUCGUUGCAGCUGGAGAGAUUGCGCGCGCAGGGGGUGAGUCUGGCGGAAAUUGGGCAGCAGCAGUUUCGCAAAAAGGAUGAACAAAACUGGAAUGUUUCGGGUGGCACGACUCUUCUCUUCUCUUCGUCCUCUUCGCUCCGUGCGAUUCUCCUCUCGCUUCACCAUGGCGCAAUACCCUGCGUUGUCGACGACCCCCGCUACCUGACCGGCGAUCAGGCCGGUCUCCGCGAUUUCCUCGACAAAUUCGAUGUAUUCCUGUUCGACUGCGAUGGUCUGUUUCCUGCCCGUUCUCUCCUUCUGCCAGCUUCGGUCUUCGCUCCGGCACCCCUCCCCCACAUUGAGAACCCGUCGCUACAAUUGCUGAGUCGAGACGCUCGAGCUACUACGCAAGAAAGCACCAAGUCGCGAUCGGACUACCGCAAGAAGCUCGACAGCCUGGGGAUACCCAGCACGGUGGAAGAGAUCUUCUCGUCAUCGUACAGCUCGUCAAUCUACAUUUCCCGGAUCCUGCAACUGCCCGAAAACAAGCGCAAGGUCUUCGUGAUUGGCGAAUCCGGCAUCGAGCAAGAACUACGCUCCGAGAACGUGCCCUUCAUCGGCGGCACGGACCCCGCGUACCGGCGCGACAUCAAGCCCGGGGACUACAAGCACGUUGCCGCGGGCGACGAGUCCAUAUUGGACCCGGAGGUGGGCGUAGUGCUCGUGGGCCUCGAUUUUCAUCUCAACUAUCUGAAGUUGGCGCUGGCCUACCACUACAUUAAGCGCGGGGCCGUCUUCCUCGCCACGAAUAUCGACUCCACGCUGCCGAACUCCGGCACGCUAUUCCCCGGCGCCGGGUCCAUGAGUGCGCCGCUGAUCAUGAUGCUGGGUAAGGAGCCCGUUGCGCUGGGAAAACCGAGCCAGGCGAUGAUGGAUGCUAUCGAGGGCAAGUUCAAGUUCGACCGGAGCCGUGCGUGCAUGGUCGGCGACCGCGCUAACACCGAUAUCCGUUUCGGACUGGAGGGCCAGCUCGGCGGGACGCUGGGUGUGUUGACUGGCGUCAGUUCCCAGGAGGACUUUGUCUCUGGGCCGGUUAAGCCUCUGGCGUAUCUGGACAAGCUCUCGGAUCUGCUGGGGUCGGAGUCUUGA